AUGGCCGCAUCUGAAAAGCCCCAAGUGACGACCGUUGAGAGCACGAACAGCUCGGACAUUGUCAAGGAUAAUGCACAUGCUGAUGCAGCGGAUUCAACUAUACACCGCGACAGACAUGGCCUUCCGCUCGUGCCGCAGCCCUCAGAUGAUCCUUUGGAUCCAUUGAAUUGGAAGCUUUGGAUCAAGGUUGUGGUCCUUGGUGAAGUUUCCCUCCUGUCAUUCUUGGCACUAUUGAGUGCUUCAUUGAUAACCCCGGCUUUUAUACCCCUCUCGCUCUUCCUCCAUCGAGGCCUCGUGGAAACGGCCUUCGUAACGAGCACUUUCGUCGCGUGUGUGGGGGUGUCUACGAUCGUGUGGAACCCAAUAUCUAAUGUCUACGGACGACGACCCGUCUACAUCAUAACCGUCGCUAUCAGCAUAGCAAUGUCCGUGGCGUCGGGAAAAGCCAAUAAUUUCGGGCAAAUUCUGACAUUCCGCGCCUUAAGCGGUUUCUUCGGUGGCGUCCCUCUGGGACUAGGCAGUGCCACCGUGGCUGAUCUAUUCUUUACGCACGAGCGAGGCUUCUAUAUGGGAAUAUAUACUGUCUCGUUCAUCCUUGGAGGUCACGUUGCUCCAAUAAUUGGCGGCUAUAUCGAGAGAGACUUGACAUGGCACUGGUGUUUCUACGUCCCAGCGAUCGUCACGGCAGCCGUCCUCAUCCUGUUCACUUUCACCGUCCCAGAAACGCUCUAUUCCCGUGCCCCAGAAGCGCUUGCGCGACCACGACGUACCUGGCUCCAAAACAUGCUGAUGCAAGGCAAGGCUCACCCUACGCGCCGCUUACGCAUCGUCGACUUCUUCCGACCGAUUCAGAUGCUCCAAUACCCCAGCGUGCUUCUCCCCACCAUGUCCUAUGCGGUAUCCUUCGCGUAUGGCAGUAUUCUUUUCAUCAUCACCAGCGCAAAUUUGUUCGGCAAGACCUAUCACUUCAAACCUCAACAGACCGGACUCUUGCUCGGAAUCCCCAUCACUGUUGGAAGUGUCAUCGGCGAGGCCAUGUCGGGUGGCUUUUCUGAUUGGGUGAGCGAAAAGCGGGCAAUACGAAGGGGCGGUGAACGGAAGCCAGAAGAUAGACUGCUAGCGAUAUUCCCAGCGUUUAUACUGACACCGAUUGGCAUCAUCAUCGAGGGCGUCUGCCUCGAGAAGAAAAUGCAUUGGAUCGGCGUGGCAUUUGGAAUCGCGGUCGCCAGUGUCGGGUUACAGAUUUCCACGACCGUUGUCUAUACGUACACCGCGGAGUGCUACAAGCCACAGUCUCCAGAGAUCGGCUCGCUGCUGAACUUCGCGAGACAGAUGUACUCUUUCGCCAUGGGCUUCUACGCGAUCCCGUGGGCCGAAAGGAUCGGCGUGCUGAACGCGUGGGUCGCAAUGGCGCUCAUUGACGUGGCUUUCUUUUUGCCGAUAAUCCUGCUGCUCUUCAAGGCAGAGGACUGGCGGAGCCGGUUGGGAGAACCCAAAUUCCAUAGAGAUCUGUGA